AUGGAUACAGUACCCCGGGUCAGGAUUAAGAGAGUAAUACCCGGAUCAUUGGCCAUCAAGAGUGCCGGCACUCACUUCUAUAGCAUCGGUCUCUCAAACCAUAAGCCAUUGAAUGCUCCGAAGAGGCGAUGGUUUCACAAACCGAUUGUUAUCACUCCCUCAUCAGCCGUGAAGACAUGGCUGCCCACCGACGCUAUCGACUCUUUGGAUCAGUUCUUAGCUUCAACUCUGACCGCGAAUUCACGGCCUNCAAUAUAUCACUCCCUCAUCAGCCGUGAAGACAUGGCUGCCCACCGACGCUAUCGACUCUUUGGAUCAGUUCUUAGCUUCAACUCUGACCGCGAAUUCACGGCCUGUAUCUGAGCCCCGAAGACAGCACUUCCAGCCAUACCACCAAACAUACCAUUCAUUCAAUC